AUAAUCAACUAAUUGUUUGUUGAGAACGAAAAAUCAGUUAAUUAUUAAUGUUACUUAAUUUUGUUUCUUUCACCAUUACGAUCAAUUGAAAUUCAACCAGAGUUUCCCAAAGGAAUUACAUUCAUAAGAUUCAAGAAGUAAUUUCCAUGAACAUGGUUACAAGAAGAUUAUUCAAUUUCCAUAAUUACUGAAACUGGGAAUUAAUCAUCAUCAUCAUCAUCUCAUCUUCCUCUUUCUCCUCUUUCUUUUCAUCCUCUUUCUUUUCUCUCCUCUAAAUAAGCAGAAAGUGUUUACCAUUUGUUGGUUUGUCUCUCAAUCCAUGUAACCUUUUUUGUUGUUUUCUUUUCUUUUUCGCAAUUAAAUCAAUUGAAACAAAUUCUAAUCAUUAAUCAAACUCUUUCCUUCACCAUCUUAACCAUUGAUGUAACCAUCAAAUUCUGAUUAAAUUCUUUGACUGUGAUAACAAUUAAUUCUGAUCAAUCAUCAUUCUCAUCAUUUCGGUUACAUGAUAACCUUUUGUUGUGGUUGUUGUUUUGGAGAUUAAAUUAUCUCCAGUUAAUCCGUCCGUUAAUCUAGUUCAUUUUUCUGUCUAAUUGUCGAUUAAUUAAGUGUCCCCAGUGUUUGGAGAAUCGAGUGACAUCAAAUCAAUGGCUUUUUAAUUCUUCCAAUCGGAGAAACAAUUGAUUUCCAAAUGAAAUUGCAUUUUCCAUUUUGAUUGGAAAAAAGAAGAAAAAAAAAUUCUCUUCUCUAUAUCAUCUUGAUACAUAAUAUAUUCUAAAUGAAAGUCAUUCGAGUGAUUCGUUCAUUUGGUCAUCUUGGUUGCCAUUCACAUCUAUUUUCAAGACAAUUACUAAAUUGUGGACAUAAGUUGAUUUCUGUUAAUCAAUCUGCUUACUAUAAGACUGGAUCUUUUUUAACUGAGCCCAAUGGGGUGAAGACUUUUGUUGAUCUUCUUGGUUCUCGGGAACAGCAAAUGUUGAUGCAAGAAUUGUCGAAACGUCGGGAAUUGAUCUUACCUGUAAACGGGGAUUCUCAGCCCGAAAACAAAGUGAUUCCACCGAAUUUUAAACAAAUGAGUCAAAUUGCCUUCCAUCAAUCAUUACCUUUCAUUGGUUUCGGUUUUCUUGACAAUGCAAUCAUGAUAUUGGCCGGUGAAUAUAUUGAUACAACUCUUGGAGUUACUUUAGGUAUUUCAACCAUGGCUGCUGCUGGACUUGGAAAUGCUAUUUCUGAUGUUGCUGGAAUAGGAUCUGCCUGGUAUGUUGAAACACUGGCCAAUAAAAUCGGUGUUGCUUAUCCUAAAUUAACUCCAGCUCAGACUGAUAUGAUGCGAACUCGAUUAAGCGUUCAAAUUGGACGAGCGGUUGGUAUUUUGAUUGGUUGUAUUCUUGGUAUGUCUCCAUUAUUAUUUUACUCCUCAAAUGGUAAUAACUCAAGAGAAUCAAAGGAAAAUCUUGACUCCACCAAUCAAAAAGUAGAAGAUAAACCAAAUUAAUGAGAUGCAAAGUCACCAGAAGAAACUGUUGGAUGUUCAUGAAAGGAAUCAAAUUAUUUUAAAAUCAUCUAUUUGCAGCUUGUAAUUAUUUUAAACAAAAUCUCAUUUGCUGGAUGAAUAUGAGAACGAAAUUAAUGAAACCAAAGACAAAACCAAUCGCAAAGCAUCAAAACACCAAUUGAAAUGAUUUAUUCCAUCACUCGCCCAAAUUUUACCGUUAAUCAAGGUGACAAUAGGCCAUCCACCCAAUACCUCAUAUGAAAUUCCUUGGAGGAUAAUCAUCAUCUCAUCAUCAUUUCCUUGUGAAAAUUAAUAUUAUAAUUAUUCUAUAUCGUAACAAAUCAACAUGCACAUCAAUUAUUAACAAUUAAGACCAUCCGCUUACUGCGUCCAAUUCAUCGCCUGUUAAUUAACCAUUUCCACAAUUAGACGUAUCCUUUUAUUGUAUUAAUUUGCUUUAAUUUGGUUCACUUUUAUUAAUAGUUACGAUUCCUCGUCUUCA